CUCCUCCGCUGGCACCUUCGCUGCGUGGACUGAGAACUGACUGAAAUUGAUAAUCUGCGGCGGUGACCGUCCUGACUCACCGGAUUCCAAAGAUGGAUCGUCUCGGACUCAGAUCUACCUUCGUCGUCUUCUUUCUCUUACUCUUCCUAGCGACAGGUUCACUCGGAGCUCGUAAGACACGAAACUCAUCGGUGUUUUCUUUGUUUAACCUUAAAGAGAAGAGCAGGUUUUGGAGUGAGGCUGUUAUACGUGCUGAUUUUGAAGAUUUGAAAUCUUCGAGCCCGGGUAAAGCAAGUGCUCUCAACUACACCAAGGCAGGAAAUAUUGCAAGUUACCUAAGCCUUAUGGGAGUAGACUCUAUGUACAUUCCAGUACCUGUCAACUUUAUUUUUAUCGGAUUUGAAGGGAAAGGGAACCAAGAUUUCAAGCUUCAUCCAGAAGAACUUGAGCGUUGGUUCACGAAAAUGGACCACAUCUUUGAACACACACGUGUUCCUCUGAUUGGGGAAGUUCUCACCCCAUUUUAUAAAAUUAGCAUAGAUAAAAUGCAACAUCACCACCUUCCCGUUGUUAGUCACAUCAAUUACAAUUUUUCUGUUCAUGCCAUACAGAUGAAUGAAAAGGUCACUUCAAUCUUUGAGCAUGCCAUCAAUGUCUUCUCCCGCAAGGAUAAUGUAUCCGGUGACAGGGAUGAUGCAGAUUCUCUUUGGCAAGUAGAUAUGGACAUGAUGGAUGUUAUUGUCACUAGCCUCGUUGAAUAUCUUCAGCUUGAAGAUGCAUAUAAUAUCUUUAUCUUGAACCCAAAGCGUGAUACAAAAAGAAUGAAGUAUGGAUACCGGAGAGGUUUAUCCGAGUCAGAAAUAACUUUUCUGAAAGAGGAUAAAAGUUUACAAAAUAAAAAAAUUCAGUCAGGGAACCCUCCGGAAAAUAUUCUUGCUCUUAAUAAGAUUCGGAAGCCUUUGUAUGGAAAGCAUCCAAUGGCAAAGUUUGCAUGGACGACAACUGAAGACACUGAUACGGUAGAGUGGUAUAAUGUUUGCUUGGAUGCACUGAACAAUGUUGAGAAGUUGAACCAAGGAAAGGAAAUUGCUCAAAUCAUUCAGACCAAAGUUUUACAGUUGCUUAAUGGAAAGAAUGAAGAUAUGAAGCUUCUCCUGGAAAAGGAGCUAAAAUCUGAGGACUUUAGUGAUCACCAUGUAGAAUGUCUCACAGAUACAUGGAUUGGGGGGAACAGGUGGGCUUUUAUUGAUUUGACCGCUGGUCCUUUUACAUGGGGACCCGCUGUUGGUGGUGAAGGGGUGCGCACGGAACUAAGUUUACCAAAUGUGGAAAAGACCAUUGGUGCAGUAGAAGAAAUUUCAGAAGAUGAAGCUGAAGAUCGCUUGCAAGAAGCAAUUCAAGAAAAGUUUGCUGUGUUUGGUGAUAAAGAUCAUCAGGCAAUAGAUAUUCUUCUAGCGGAGAUUGACAUCUAUGAGCUUUUUGCUUUCAAACACUGCAAGGGAAGGAAAGUCAAACUUGCACUUUGUGAAGAGCUUGAUGAGAGAAUGCGGGAUUUGAAAAAUGAACUCCAGUCUUUUGAAGGUGAAGAAAAUGAAGAAAUCCAUAGGAAUAAAGCUAAAGAGGCACUAAAACGAAUGGAAAACUGGAAUUUGUUCAGUGAUACUUAUGAGGAUUUCCAAAAUUAUACAGUUGCCCGUGACACUUUUCUAGCUCAUCUUGGUGCAACAUUGUGGGGAUCUAUGAGACACAUAAUAUCUCCUUCAGUUUCUGAUGGUGCAUUCCAUUAUUAUGAGAAGAUAUCCUAUCAGCUAUUUUUCAUCACGCAAGAGAAAUUAAGACAUGACAAAUUGCCAGUAGAUCUGAAGGCUCUCAUGGAAGGGCUUUCCUCAUUGAAGCAACCUUUGCAAACAGUUAUGUUCAGUCAACACAGGUUAUCACUUUCGGAGGAUCCUGCUUUGGCAAUGGCCUUUUCUGUGGCACGGCGAGCAGCAGCUGUUCCUCUAUUGCUUGUUAAUGGAACGUAUAGAAAAACUGUCCGUUCUUAUCUUGAUUCCUCAAUUCUCCAGCAUCAGUUACAGAGGCUGAAUGAUCAUGGCUCUCUUAAAGGAUCACAUGCUGAUAGUCGGUCCACACUUGAAAUUCCAAUCUUUUGGUUCAUUCAUGGCGAUCCAUUGUUAAUUGACAAGCACUAUCAGGCAAAGGCCCUUUCUGACAUGGUUAUUGUUGUUCAAUCAGAGACAUCAUCAUGGGAGAGCCAUCUGCAGUGUAAUGGGAAAUCAGUUUUAUGGAAUUUAAGGAGGCCAAUAAAAGCUGCAUUGGCUGCUGUUUCUGAACACCUGGCUGGUUUGCUUCCCCUUCAUCUUGUCUACAGUGAAGCACAUGAAACUGCAAUUGAGGAUUGGAUAUGGUCUGUGGGUUGCAGUCCUUUCUCUGUUACUUCUCAAGGUUGGCAUUUGUCAAGGUUUCAGUUAGAUACAAUAGCUCGGAGCUAUAUCAUCACAACUCUUGAGGAGUCAAUAGAACUGGUUAAUUCAGCUAUUCAUCUUCUAGUCACAGAGCGUACAAGUAUCCUUAAAAAUAUAGUGGCACAUAAAUAACAAAGGAAAUGCUAAAUAAAAAUGUGCAUGCCAA